AUGGAGCAAAAAUCGCAACAAACAACAGAAUUACUAAACCAUCCGAUUACGGCUACUACUACUUCGAACGCCGUUACAACUAAUUCCACACUAUCUAAUAACCAUAGGCAAAACAUUACAACAACUAUGACUAAAAAAGAUAGAAAAAAAAGACAGGCUUUAGAAACAAAAGUGAUGAAAAUUACUAACAAAUUCUGUCAAGAUAAAGAUUUACAUUAUAAAGAGAGAUUGGCCAAAUUGCAAACAAACUUAACAACAAUGCACCAGGGGAAUAAUCCCGAGUACAUCAGACUAGUUCGGGAUUUAGAAGAAGAAAGAGAUUUAGAAUUAAUUAGGUUACGCUAUUUUGAAGAAUAUAGAGUUUAUAGGGCCAGCUUAGAAUUUCAACAAGAUAUUGAACAUCUAAAAUUAGAACAUGAAAAUUUAAUAACCUUGUGUAAGAAAAAAUUGUAUCAACAAUUGGAAAAUAAAUUACAAUCUUUACAAGAAGAGAAAUUAUUGUUAGACGUAGCCAAUUCGCACUCCUAUGCCAUGGAUUACUCUAGACCAAUCACCAAUUUUAAAAAUACAAGAAAUAGCAAUAGUACCGCAAGCAAUUUCCUUGGGGUAAAUGACAACAGCGGUAGUGCAAGCGAUUUUGAUAAUACAAAUGGCGAUAAUAACGAAGUAAGAUUACUAGCACAGAUAAACGAGGGCUAUAGUAGUGGCGAGAAAGGUGUUAAUAUUAACAACACCAGUACAAAUAAUCUUAGUGGGAAUGCUUGGCAUGAUUCUUCUUCCACAGAUGAUAUAAGUAGCAGCAGCAGCGCAUUUAACAAUGGUAUUGGUCGUCGGUCAUUAAGGAGACGAGUAACAACCAAACAAGCAGCUUUAGCCGCUGAUAAUAAUAAUAGUGAAGAUAAUAGAAGUACUAAUCAUCAUAUAAAUGGUACCGGCAAGAAUCAUAGGAACGGCGGUAACAAUAGACACAAUAAUAAAAAUUCCGAUGAUACAAAUAAAAUUUCUGAAGAGUGGACAAAAUCUUUAUCUGAAUAUUCGCAAUUACAUGCUUUAAUCUUUGGUACUACAGACGAGGAUGGUAAUAACAACAACCAUACCCAUACUAAUAAUAAAAGAAAAGGUUUUGGUAGAUAUUCAACGAAAUCUGCACCGCCUUUACAAUCCUUAAGUAGGAACGAAGUGACAGCUGAUAUUAAUUUGAUAAGAUCCUUGACUGGGCAACAGCCAUCACCAUUUAGUUGUUAA